AUGUCGAUGCCUCCUCCUGGUGAUGGCUUCGGCGGCUAUCCGGCCCAGCCAUAUGAUCAAUUUGCUGCUCAAGAUGAGCAGCUCCAACAACCUUACGAGGACCCUGCUGCCGCCCAACAGCCCCACGAUCAAGGUCACAAGAAGAAGAAGCGAGGAUAUGCGGCUCAAGCCUUCGAAGUUGGUACCGGCGCCAAUGCUGUCGCUGGUGGUCAACCCGCAGGAGCUACUCAGCAAUUCGGCGCUGCUCCCGCUCAACCAGGCUAUGGAGGUUAUCAAGCUGAGCCUCAAGCUGCUGCCCCUCAGGGUUACCAGUAUCCCCAGGGUUAUGGCGCACAGCAACCCGCUGCUCCUCAGGUUCCUCAGUAUGGUUAUCAAGCGCCCGACCAAGGAUACCCAACACCUGGUGCCCCGCAGCCCGCGCCUGGUGUUGGUGGCAUCACCCAAGGAGUUGGCAGCAUGAACAUUGCUGGACAGCCUCAGGGUGCUCAGCCUCCUCGUCCUGCUGUCCUCAACCAGCUCUACCCUACUGAUCUCCUCAGCCAGCCCUUCAAUGUCUCGGAGCUUGAUCUUCCUCCGCCUCCGAUUGUUCUUCCUGCCAACACGAGCGUUACUCCGUCUCCCGACGCCAACUGUUCCCCGCGAUAUUUCCGAUCCACCCUCAACGCUGUUCCCACCACCAAUUCUCUCCUCAAGAAGUCUAAGCUGCCCCUUGCACUGGUUAUCCAGCCCUACGGCUCACUCCACGACGACGAGGACCCUGUACCUGUUGUCCAAGACCAGGUCAUUUCCCGAUGCAGACGCUGCAGGACAUACAUCAACCCUUAUGUUACCUUCUUGGACCAGGGGCACCGAUGGAGGUGUAACAUGUGUAACCUCACCAAUGACGUUCCUCAAGCUUUCGACUGGGAUGCCGCUGCUCAGCAGAGCGUCGACCGAUGGCAGCGACCUGAGUUGAACCACGCUGUUGUUGAGUUUGUCGCUCCCCAGGAGUACAUGGUCCGCCCUCCUCAGCCUCUUAUCUACCUGUUCUGCUUCGAUGUCAGCUACGCUGCUGUUUCAACCGGACUUGUGGCUACCGCGGCCCGCACCAUUUUGGACAGCCUUGACAGGAUACCAAAUGCUGAUCGCCGUACUCGUCUCGGCUUCUUGGCUGUGGAUUCCAGCCUACACUACUUCUCGGUCCCCAAGGAUACCGACGAGAAUGGUGAGACCAACAUGCUUGUCGUCAGCGAUCUCGACGAGCCUUUCUUGCCUAUCCCCAACGACCUCCUGGUUCCCCUGACGGAGAGCCGACAAAGCGUCGAGAAGUUCUUGCAGAAGCUUCCUGAUAUGUUCCAGAACAACCAGAGCAACGGCUCAUGCAUGGGAUCAGCCCUCCGUGCGGCACACAAGCUCAUCUCCACCCUUGGAGGCAAGAUCGUUGUUCUGACUGCCUCCCUUCCCAACAUGGGUGUUGGCAAGCUUGAGAUGCGCGAGGACAAGAAGCUCCUUGGCACAUCAAAAGAGGGCGCUCUUCUUCAGACCGCCAAUAGUUUCUACAAGAGUUUUGCCGUGGAGUGUUCGAAGAGUCAAGUGUCUAUUGACAUGUUCCUCUUCUCGUCGCAGUACCAGGAUGUUGCUUCGCUGAGCAACCUUCCCCGAUACACUGGUGGACAGACCUGGUUCUACCCUGGAUGGCACGCUUCGCGACCCGAAGAUGCCCUCAAGUUCGCAUCCGAGUUCAGCGACUAUCUGUCAUCUGAGAUUGGACUUGAGGCCGUUCUUAGAGUCCGUGCCACUAGCGGUCUGAGAAUGAAUACGUUCUAUGGUAACUUCUUUAACCGAAGCUCUGACCUCUGCGCUUUCCCUGCUUUCCCCCGCGACCAGUGCUACGUUGUUGAGGUGGCUAUAGAUGAGAAUCUUACAAAGAAUGUCAUUUGCCUCCAGGCGGCCGUGCUACACACAACUUGCAAUGGCGAGCGUCGCAUCCGCGUCAUGACCCUUGCCCUCCCCACAACAACCAACCUGUCCGACAUGUACGCCUCGGCCGAUCAGUGUGCCAUCACCACUUACUUCAGCCACAAGGCUGUGGAGCGAUCUCUGUCAAGUGGCCUUGAUGCGGCCAGGGACGCUCUUCAGAGCAAGGUCACCGAGCUCUUGCAGACUUUCAAGAAGGAACUCGCUGGAGGCAGCAUGGGCGGUGGUCUUCAGUUCCCCGCCAACCUUCGCGGUCUACCCCUCUUGUUCCUAGGUCUGAUCAAGAAUGUCGGUCUGCGCAAGUCAUCUCAGAUUCCAUCCGACAUCAGAUCAGCAGCUCUUUGCCUCUUGUCGACACUGCCAGUUCCCCUUCUUAUGCGCUACAUCUACCCCCGACUGUACUCACUACACGACAUGCCAGACAAUGCUGGUGUCCCGGAGCCAGAGACUGGCCACAUCGCGCUCCCCCCCGCUCUUAACCUCUCUUCAGAAAGGCUCGUGCCCUACGGACUGUACCUUAUCGACGACGGCCAAACUCAAUUCUUGUGGAUCGGCCGAGAUGCUGUGCCGCAGUUGGUACACGACGUGUUUGGAGUGGAGGACAGAAGCCAGGUACAGGUUGGCAAGGGCCGGGUGCCGGAACUGGAAGGAGACUUCAACGAACGAGUGCGGGCUGUGGUUCAAAAGAGCCGGGACCACAAAUCACUAGGUGUGGGCAGCAUUACAUUGCCCCACCUCUAUAUCGUUCGAGAAGAUGGAGAACCCAGUCUGAAGCUUUGGGCGCAGACCCUACUUGUGGAGGACCGGGCAGAUCAGGGCGUGAGCGCAGCUCAAUGGUUGGGAAUGUUGAGAGAAAAGGUUGUUCAGUAA